UCACUACAACAUCAUGAACAUUCUAGCGAUAUCCCUGGCGUUCGCUGCCCUGUACACCAAUAGCGUGUACUGCAGCUACUACCACGGACCCAUCGCCAAGCCUGUCGUCCUCCACAACGGCUACCUGGCAGACACCCAUGAAGUAGCAGCAGCCAAGAACGCUCAUCUCGCCGCUCUAGCAAAGGAAUCUCACUACGGAGGAGACUACGGAUACGGUCAUGGCCAGGAAUACAGUGGCUCUUAUGACGGUCAUCAUGGAGACAUCAGGUACCACGGUCCCACCGCCAUCCCACACGUCCUGCAUGACGGACACAUCGCAGACACUCACGAGGUGGCCGCUGCUAAGGCUGAGCAUUUCGCCGCCGUAGCCAAAGCCAAGGCUCACGGAGGCUACGGUGACCACUACAGUGGCAGAUACGCCUCAGACUACGGUGCCAACCAUGGACACUCACAUCAUUUGGUGCCUUACCACGGACCCCUCGCCAAGCCCGUGGUGCUCAAGUCCGGAUACCUGGCAGACACUCACGAGGUCGCCGCUGCCAAGCACCAUCAUCUGGAAGCUUUGCAAAAGGCCAGUCGUCAUGGUCAUUACGACUACCAUUACUAACUGAAUCCCAAUAAAUAUAUAUAAUGUAUAAAGUAAUUUUUAAGUGAUUGCACACCCCUGCUAGUUCAGCGGUAUCUCAGUCACAUAAAAUAAUGGGGAGUUAAAUCGGAGCUACAGCUUUCUGGUUCUUUGGUAAAACAGUUUUUAAAACUUUGUACUUAAUGUAAACCAUGGUUAGUGGUUAUACAUAGCCUUUUCUCACUUGUGGAGAGGCGUGAAGCUUAGGCUUUAAAGUACUCAUUAAAAUAUAGAAGCAUUAAUCAAUUCCCUUCUGUAUUAAAUUAUUAAACUAUGACUUUAUAC